AUGGCCCGCAGAGACUCCCACACUGCACCUGCCGCCAGCAGCCCACACUUCCGCCAGGUGGACCCUGCCAGAGCUCUUGGACGGCCACUGUCAGAACACACUUCCCGGGAGCCCACCAACACCCGCACCCCAUACCACGAAAACCUGCCUCCGCAACACCCCGUCCCCAGCUCCCACAUCCAGCCACUGUCGGAACACACUUCCCGGGAGCCCACCAACACCCGCACCCCAUACCACGAAAACCUGCCUCCGCAACACCCCGUCCCCAGCUCCCACAUCCAGCCACUGUCGGAACACACUUCCCGGGAGCCCACCGACACCCGCACCCCAUACCACGAAAACCUGCCUCCGCAACACCCCGUCCCCAGCUCCCACAUCCAGCCACUGUCAGAACACACUGCCCGGGAGCCCACCGACACCUGCACCCCAUACCACGAAAACCUGCCUCCGCAACACCCCGUCCCCAGCUCCCACAUCCAGCCACUGUCAGAACACACUGCCCGGGAGCCCACCGACACCUGCACCCCAUACCACGAAAACCUGCCUCCGCAACACCCCGUCCCCAGCUCCCACAUCCAGCCACUGUCAGAACACACUGCCCGGGAGCCCACCGACACCCGCACCCCAUACCACGAAAACCUGCCUCCGCAACACCCCGUCCCCAGCUCCCACAUCCAGCCACUGUCAGAACACACUGCCCGGGAGCCCACCGACACCUGCACCCCAUACCACGAAAACCUGCCUCCGCAACACCCCGUCCCCAGCUCCCACAUCCAGCCACUGUCAGAACACACUGCCCGGGAGCCCACCGACACCUGCACCCCAUACCACGAAAACCUGCCUCCGCAACACCUCAUCCCCAGCUCCCACAUCCAGCCACUGUCAGAACACACUGCCCGGGAGCCCACCGACACCUGCACCCCAUACCACGAAAACCUGCCUCCGCAACACCUCAUCCCCAGCUCCCACAUCCAGCCACUGACUGGACACGCUGGACGGGAGCCGACUGACACCCGCACCCCGCACCAUGGAACCCUCCCUCCGCACCACUCCGUCACCAGCUCCCACAUGUAG